AAAAGGGUUUCUCAGAAAAUCUUCAAAAUAAAAAACCCAUAAAUUAUAUCUGAAAAAGCUACUUUCUUGGGCUUAAAAAAGAUGGGCAUUGUGAAGUUAAUGGUUUUUGGGGUUUUAGCUUGGUGUGUUGUAUGUCAAGCAGAAAAUAUAGAUACAACUUCUGCAAAUGUAUAUAUGGUUACUCUAAAACAAGCUCCAACUGUUUUUUCUGUUAAAAAGAAUUACCACAAGCAAAAUAGAGUGAACAAGACUAGUUAUGAUUUUGUGUCUAUUCAUUCUUCUUCUGGUGGAGCUACUACACUUGAAAAUCCAAGUUUCAGUAAUAUCACGAGCAAACACCGCCAUUUUGGUUCCCGUAUAUCAAGAGUUCAUGAUUCGCUAUUGAGGCGGGUCCUAAAAGGGGAAAAGUAUAUGAAACUGUACAGCUAUCAUUACUUAAUAAACGGAUUUGCUGUUCUUGUUACUCCUCAACAGGCGCAAAAGUUGUUGGGUCGAAAAGAGGUGGCAAAUGUGGUACUCGAUUACUCUGUUAGAACUGCAACGACUCACACCCCACAGUUCUUGGGUUUACCUCAAGGGGCUUGGCCCCAAGAGGGUGGUUAUGAAACUGCUGGAGAAGGGGUUGUAAUCGGGUUGAUUGAUACGGGAAUUGAUCCGACGCAUGUAAGCUUCGCUGAUGGUCUUUCUGGGAAUAGUUAUCCUGUUCCUGAGCACUUCACGGGCAUUUGUGAGGUUACUAGAGACUUCCCAUCAGGGUCCUGCAACCGAAAGCUUAUUGGGGCCCGUCAUUUUGCAGCAUCUGCUAUCACACGAGGAAUUUUCAAUGCCACUCAAGAUUAUGCUUCACCAUUUGAUGGUGAUGGCCACGGGACGCACACAGCUUCUAUUGCUGCAGGAAACCAUGGUAUUCCGGUUAUAGUAGCUGGGCAUCACUUCGGGAAUGCUAGUGGGAUGGCCCCUCGUUCACACAUUGCUGUUUACAAGGCAUUGUACAAAAGUUUCGGUGGCUUUGCUGCUGAUGUUGUUGCUGCCAUUGACCAGGCAGCUCAGGAUGGAGUGGAUAUUAUAAGCUUAUCAAUUACUCCAAACAGACGUCCUCCCGGAAUUGCAACUUACUUCAAUCCCAUAGACAUGGCCUUACUAUCUGCCUUUAAAACUGGUAUAUUUGUAGUUCAAGCCGCAGGCAACACUGGACCAUCACCUAAAAGUGUUUCUUCCUUCAGUCCAUGGAUAUUUACAGUUGGUGCAGCCACACAUGACAGAAUAUAUAGCAACUCUAUUCUACUUGGAAACAACAUCACCAUUCCAGGAGUUGGACUUGCACCGGGAACAAAUGAAAGUUACAAUUUAGUAUCUGCAACGGACGCAGUCAUUGAUUCAGAAACACCAAAAGAUGAUUAUCUGAGCGAAUGUCAAGAUGCCGGUAGCUUGAAUCAGACAGUUGUUCAAGGGAACCUUUUAAUCUGUAGCUACUCCAUAAAAUUUGUACUCGGGCAAUCUACAAUAAGUAAUGCUAUACAAACGGCUAGGAAUUUGAGUGCAGCUGGAAUUGUAUUCACCAUGGAUCCUUUUAUCAUUGGCUUUCAGCUUAAUCCUGUUCCAAUGAGUUUGCCUGGCAUAAUAAUUCCUUCUUCUAAUGAUUCCAAGAUCUUACUUCAGUACUACAAUUCAUCAUCUGAGAGAGAUCCAGUUUCAAAAAAGAUCAUCAAGUUUGGAGCAGUUGCAUGUGUUGCAGGUGGAGUAGAAGCAAACUUCAGUAAUAGUGCUCCAAAAGUAAUGUAUUAUUCUGCUAGAGGACCAGAUCCAGAGGACAAUUUCCUACAAGAUGCUGACGUAUUGAAACCAAAUUUAGUUGCACCGGGAAAUUCUAUAUGGGCAGCUUGGAGUUCAGGUGGCACGGAUUCAGUGGAAUUUCUAGGUGAAGAUUUUGCAAUGAUGUCGGGAACAAGCAUGGCAGCUCCUCAUGUUGCUGGGCUUGCAGCAUUAAUAAAACGAAAGUUCCCGUCUUUUAGUCCUUCGGCAAUUGGAUCUGCAUUAUCAACGACUGCUUCUCUUCACGAUAAAGAUGGGGGUCCCAUAAUGGCACAACGGGCAUAUGCUAAUCCUGAUUUAAACCAGUCUCCAGCAACGCCUUUUGACAUGGGAAGCGGUUUUGUAAAUGCAACUGCAGCAUUAGAUCCGGGUCUGAUUCUGGAUGUAGGCUAUGAAGACUAUAUGUCAUUCCUAUGUGGCAUAAACGGGUCAGCACCUGUGGUCCUAAAUUACACAGGCACGAAUUGUGGAGCAACAGUGGUUAAUGGUGCAGACCUAAACUUGCCUUCCAUCACAAUUGCAAAACUGAACCAGACUCGAGCCAUCCAAAGACUUGUGACCAACAUUGCUGGGAACGAGACAUAUCGUGUGGGUUGGACUGCUCCUUAUGGGGUUUCAAUGAAGGUGACUCCGGCUCAUUUUUUCAUUGCCAAUGGUGAAAAACAGGUUUUGAAUGUGGUUUUAAAUUCAACGUUGAACAACAACGUUGCAAGCUUUGGAAGAAUCGGAUUAUUCGGUGAUAAAAGUCAUGUUGUAAACAUUCAUGUGUCGGUGGUGGUUAAAAUCGCAUAUAACACGACUAGUAGUUGAGAGGACGGUAUGAUUGUUAGCAUGGUUUCUGAUUGUUUUUUUUUUUGUUCUUUUCGUGACCCACUUUGUUGUCCAGUUUUUGGUGUGUAAAUUAUUAAUUUAUGUUAGAGUAAUGUAAUUUAAUACACUAAUGGUGAGGCUAAUGAUGCAUCUAUUUUGAUUCUAAUUGCAAUAAUUUUUUGUAA